GUGGCUAGCUAGAUGCAUAUCUGGCAUGAUGAGCAGCGGCAACCCCAGCACGACGAGCAUCCACGUGACGGCCCUCGAUGGGCUGGUGAACGUGAACUCGCUUUUCACCGUCGCCGUCUUCGUGGGGCUGUCCAUCGCCUCUCCGGGGCAGCGUAGUCUCGAGAACCGGUCGGCGUGCGACGCCGGCCCCGGCGUCGCCCGUAACCUCCUCGUCUUCGAGGUCGUCUCCUUCAGCUUCUUCCUCUUCUCCAGCCUCGUCGCGCAGGGGCUCAAACUCGCCAUCAACCUCCUCAACAGCAACGACGUCGACGAGGCUUUCCGCGCCCACAUCGACGCCCGCGUCCUCCGUCUCGCCAUGCUCGCCUCCGCCGUCGGAUCCAUCAUUGGCUCCCUCUUCCUCCUCCUCUCCAUGGUUAACGUCGUCCAGAUCCGCCUCGGCUUGCUCUCCUGCGGCAGCCAUUCCACUGUCCGCGCCGUAGCCGCACUUGUCACCCUCGUCUGCACAGCCCUCGCCGUCUACAUCGCCACCAUCUUCUACGCCUUCACUCACUGACU